CCUAGUUGUGACAUACAGGAAAAGAGCUACACUCGUGCUGUCCCGUCUAGAGUUUUUUGGAAAAGAUGUGGUGUGCAAGAAAUAGGGAAUUGGAAGAUCUGUAAUGGAUACUGCUUGUUUUGUUUUUAUUUUUACAGGGUGUGCCGAUAUGAAGGCCUGACUCUCCAAUGGGUCACCUGUACAGCAAGAGCAAGAGCCAGUUAAUGGCAGUUAUUGAUUCCUUUUUUAGUUUGUGCCGCGCGUCCUCCCGCACCUUCAAGGAAGGCUCAUCAAAAGGUGCCAGCAACCCUGCCCAAGUAAUCCCGGUGACGGCGGCAUGAAGUCCCACUUCGCGUGUGUGCCGCUGACGACGGCGUGUCGGGAGGGGCUGAAGGCGGUGCAAACGCUCGCCGACGACGCCAAGAAACUCAACCUCCGGCCCAGCGGGCUCGACGACAUCAACUUCACCUUAAGCGUCUUCAGGCUCAGUGACGAGAGAAGAGCGAAGCACGAAUCUGAAGAGCAGCUCGUCGAAUCCGUCAAUGAGGUUCUCAAGGACUUCUUAAGCAAGAGGCCACGCAUUGAGCUGACUUUCGAGGGUCUUGGCUCAUUCGGCUCCCAGAUUUUCUUCAUCAACGUCACCAACCACGAGGAAGUUGCGGCCCUGCGGCAGGACAUGAACACGGUGCUGAAGCAGGAGGGCCUCGUCCUCGCCGACAACAGGUUCACCCCUCACGUGACCCUCUACCGGAAGCGGGACAACAAGCGCGGCGCGGGUUAUAGCGGCGGCGGUGGCGUGACCGUCAGCGACAUGGUGCAGCGGCAAGGCUUGCCGCAUGUCGAAGCCUCGCCCGUAGAGCAGAUCAUUCUUAAAAGACUUUUGGGUUGUUAAAGGGUAAAGCUACGACCACUUGAUGACACCAUGGAGGUAGGAUUAAGAGGCGGCGGCGCGCGGUGGAAAAAUGUAAAGUCAAGUCCGCCAUCUUGGGGUUGUCAAGAAGCAGGUGUAUGCUGCAUCCAGCCUCACCUAGGCUUUGCUUGACAUGACUACACCCUACCUAAAGCUCUCUGUACAUGUGUAGUCACUCGUCGAAAUCAGUGGGUUGUACGCGGGCUGCUCACGAUGCCUGUCCUGUGCUGCAUACGGCUGGAGCGCGAGGUUUGGUAAGGAAAAAUACCCUACACUUACAUUGCACACGUAAGUAAUAUUGGAAGUAAUCUAAAACAAAACUGAGAUAAAGAUAAACUACGCAGUAACUGAUAAAUGGAGUAAGAUUUCAUUAUUAAACUACAGACCAGCCUACCGAGUGUCGUGUAAAAGCUAAUUCGGUCUAUGGAAUGAAAUACUCUCAAAAGUAAUUGUCAUAGCAAUUGUGAAUAUCGAUAAAAAUAAACUUCUAUCGUCAAUAUAGGUAUUAUUUAACACUAAUUAUUUUAGUGGCCAAUAAAUACAAACCAAAUUUCCAUUUUCUCUUAUUGAAUUUAAGAUGGAUUGUAUAAUAGUGUACUUAUAUUGUGUACUUUACAAUUAACUAAUGAAUCAAGUAUUAUUAGUUGUACAAUAAAUGUUUAUUAUCCACAAAAGAUAUAAAAUCUGGGUUUAGUUUACUUCGAAAUUGUUCAUUAAAACAUGUAUAUUUGUAUUUCUAAUAUGUAGUUCAUCGCACUAAAAAUACUUAUUUUCUUGCAUCAGUACUCGUUUUCAUCAUUAAAUAUUAAUUUGACAAAUACUCGAAAUAAUGAAAAAAUGUGUUAGUCUAAAAGCAAAAAAUGGUUCUAGUACUUUAACAGAUAGCGAAACAAUUGAUAACAACAUUUAAUAAAGCUACUGAUACUAAGAGUUGGCGCGGCCGUCCUGCCAAUCCUGGGCGUUGGCCAGCGCGGGACAAACUGGCUUCACUUUCCUGGGAAUAUCUCACCCAGCGCGCGCCGCCUCCUCUUUAUCCUACCUCCAUGGACGACACACACGAGUGCGCCUGUACACAGACUCUGUCUCUCGGUAGCUCCCCAUAGACUGGUGUUACGCAAGGUAAAUAUAGUCUACCGACAGGUAAAAUCAUCCCCUCUCCCUCGCGCAGGCAAGGUACCAAACUCUGCCCAUACCCGUGACGUCAAAGAAUGGUAUAGGUAAACUCCGCCCAUACCCGUGACGUCAGAGUGGUAUAGGUCUGGGUCUUGGACGUGGGUGAGCCUCUUCAUUCAACGGAGCUCCCCGUUGUCUUAAUUUAUUUAUGUGUCGAGUAGGUUAUUUAUUCUUUUCAUUGUCUACAGAAUUGGUAUAAAAUUUUUUUUGCCUCUUGUCACAUGCUGUAUGUGCUGUAUGUGUGUAGAGAAGUUCCCCAUGCACGUCCUGCAAGCCACUUCACGUCACGGGGUCAAGUCUGAGACAGCCGCUGUUAGCUCUGCAACCUCUCCUCCUACCCCCGCUCUGACGUCACCCCCCCCCCCCCCCACUCAGAAGCGCUGAUUUAGAGUCAGCGUUUGACGUCCUCGUUAUUGAACUUUUCUUGUAAUUGUCCAAAGGGAAAUGACCAGCAGGCUUUUUUGUUUUCAUUUAUUUUUCCCCUUGAACUGAUUCCUCUACUUUAGAAACAAAAAAAAAAGGGGGGAAACCAAACGCAACAACACACCGUCUCUCGCCCGCUGAUUGGACAACGAUUUUAUUUUUUUGGGGGGGGCGAGUAUCGUUGAUUUUUUCUUAUUAGUUUUGGGACUGAUUCUGUGAUAAAACAAUAAAAUGGUAAACACUGUA